UCGAGGUGUCAGCGCUCCCUCAUGCUGGAGCAGCACACCUACUCCGCCAGACUCCAGAGCAAUUAUUUGUAUGCAAGUGUCCAUCCAGAGGGUCAGUCUGGAGAUGGCUGCGAAUCGGGUGGGGAGGCGUUAUAACAAUAAGAUCCACUCACCGAACCGUGGUACCAGCCGGGAAGCUGGACUCAGCGUCCAGAAGAGGCAAGCACGAGUCACCGUGAAAUAUAACAGAAAGGAACUCCAGAGGCGUCUGGAUGUGGAAAAGUGGAUAGAUUGUGGACUAGACGAGCUGUAUUUGGGAAGGGAAGAGGAUAUGCCUGAGGAAGUGAACAUUGAUGAGCUACUAGACCUACAGAGUGAUGAAGAAAGGACGCAGAAGCUUAAGGACAUCCUUCAUACCUGUGGUAACAACACAGAAGUGUUCAUCACAGAACUGGUGAAUAAACUUCAUGGUUUACAGAAACAAGAAGAUCUCCACAACAAUGGGAUUGAACAUCCCCAGCUUCACAUCUUUCCUGAACGCCAAGGCUCUCCUGACGCUGAGAGACACUGAGCAUCUGCUCAAACAUCUACAGCUCUUCAGUCUCCUGUAUCAAACCCGCUUCAUAUCAAAGCAUCAGCAGCACAUUCAUUUAGAGUAACAAAACAGAAAAUAACUACAAAAAUAUUUAUUUAAAAAUCUUGCCUACAGUUCAGAGUAAAACACUGAGUGACCACUAACCACUGCAUGGACCUGUGAAAAGUUGUAGAAAUUUUUCAACAAUCAUAAAUGAGAGUCUUGUUUGUUACAAUAGAAGUGCUUUCACACAAUGAACGUGUAUUUGUUAAUUUAAGCAAUUAUUUGUACCUGAUCCCUUAAAAUUGCUUUCAUUAGUAUAUAACCCACUAUAGUCAGGAUUAUAUGGAAAUAUUAAAUAACUUGUUUGCCUUUAAUAAUAAAAAAAGUUUAUUUAGUGAAUUUUAGAUCAUCUGA